AACACCACGCACUCGUAGUGUGGGAAGAAAUUUAAAGGAUAGCUUUCACAGCAUGCAUUCAAUGACAACUCGUUCUCAAGGUCCCACUAGAGUGCAGAUGCCUAUAUUACAAAAUAAUGUGGGCACAGAAAACUAUGUCCCUUAUUCAUUUGGUGAUGUACAGGCCCUGGUGGACAAAUUGCCUAGUAUUGCAGCUGGUGGCAGAUUGUGGCUUGCCGAACUUGAUAAUCUAACUAAAGGAACUAAACUGGCUUUGGGUGAUUUUAGAGCUGUUCUAGGCCGUUGUGUUCCUGCUUCAACUGCAGAUGACAUUGAAUAUGAAGCUCGAACAUCCAAUAUUAGAGAUGAAACUUUAUUCUCUUCAGUUAUCACUCGUUUGGGGAACGCAAUUAGAGAACAUUUCCCAUUAUCAACUCCUGCAGCGGUUCUCAAGUUUGACUGGGAUCCCUUACAGCAUCCAAAGGAUUUCAUUACUCAAGCUGAAGAGAGUUGGAUUAAACACACACGUGUAAAUCCAAAAGGGGAUAGUUCUAACUUGGGUGAAUUAUUCAGGGAAGCAGUCCUGAAAGGUGUGCCUCCUUUGGUGUCACAGCUGAUGAAACAGAAUCCUGAGAUGCCUGGUUGUGAGUAUGCCCACUGGGAAAAACAUCUUGUACACCAUUUGCAUGUUGCUCAGGAUGUAGAGAAGAAGAAAAAACAAGAGAAAGAGGAUGUUCAUGAUCAAUUAAUCAAAUUGCAAUUAUUAGAUGCUAAACGGCAGGUGAAUCAACGUAAACAAGAAAAAACUGAACAUGUUAUGGUCUCAGCAGUUGCAUCACCUGGGGCUCCAUCCCCGAUGGUGACACCUCAGUUUAAUCCAAUGCAAGGGGGAGGGAUCCCCCCUCCUGUUUUCUAUCCUCCAUGUAACUACAGAUCUGUGGGUUCUGCGCAUGGAUUCGGAUGGCGAUUUGGUGGACAGCGUGGACGGUCAGGUUGGAACUGUGGUCUGAGAGGACGAGGUGGAUGUGGCGGACCUGUGGACAAGUUGGACACUGGGCAAGGGAUUGUCAAUCCCCACCAGGAGGUGAGAUUGUGCCACCAAACCCUAAUAUGGCCCCGCCUCCGCAAGGUCAGUACCCCCAGCUCGGGGAAAACUUUUAUGGACAAUUUUGACACAUCCCUGAGAAUAACUCCAGCAGCAUGAGUUCCGCAGACCCCAUGCUGCCAGCGAAGGCUGGAGAAGAACACAUGAACUUUUUAGUCGACACUGGAGCUACAUAUUCCACUAUAAUCAAUCAGCCAUCUGCCUCUGUGCUGUCGACUAAGACUGUGUCACUAAUGGGUUUCUCAGGGAAGGAACAAUGUCUGCCGUUGACUUUACCACUUCCGGUGAAAGUUGGAAACCAGAAACUGCAUCAUUCAUUCGUAUGGUCUCCAUCUACACUUGUCAAUUUGAUGGGAAGGGACUUGUUGGUUAAACUGGGAGCCGCAGUGCUUUGUGGACCUCAAGGUUUGACUGUUACCUUUCCAGACGGUUCUUCUCUAGCAUGUGGUCACACUUUCCAGGAUGGACAAUAUCUGGUUCGGCCCGUGGGGGAGGAGUUUGCUGACAUCUACUGGGGACUCUUAACAGAACCUGCUGAAGCUGGUGUUCUCUCGGUGUUCCAGCUGUGGAAGCCUUGGAUUCAAAGCCUAAGUUCCUACCUGACUCCACCUGAUCCGCCACACGUCACUCUGUUCUACGACAGAAAUCACACAGAGGAAUCAUUUGCUGCAGAACUUGAAAGUAACGCAUGGACAGUCACAUCUAAGAACAUAUAUGUGGCCCCUGAGGGGGUGGCAGCCGCAGUGAUGUUAACUCCUGAACAACAUCAAUGGUAUAUGAUGUCAGAUGAAGCAUUUCCUCAUAUUUCUCUUUCUCUCCAUUCUGAGCGACAGGCCAGUGAAUUAGGAGGGAUGGUUAAGCGUUCCCUCCAGACUACUGAUUGGGCACCGACCAGCGUCCCAGGUUUGCUGUUUUCAAAUUCCACUAAGACAUAUCAGAUUGUUUGUGAUGUCACUGACAAAGUUCUUUUGAAACAUGAGCUUUUGACUCGACACCAUGGCAGGGAACGUACCGACCAUCAUAAAGCAGCAGAGAUGUUGGAUGCUCUCCCAUCACAACUCUGGGCAACCAGUCCCACGGAUGUGGGAUUAGUUUCAUGUGCUCCAGUUUCAUUUCAGGUUGCAACUGACUCUCCUAUUUGGGUGAAUCAGUAUCCACAUAAACCUCAAGCGGAGGAAGGCAUUGCUGACACCAUCGCGGGCCUUUUGACAGCUGGAGUUUUAGAACCCUCUGUAUCAGCCUGGAACACACCCAUUUUGCCGGUGGAAAAGAAACAAACUGUUUGGAGCCCUCUCAGCAGUGGAUUUACUCCUUACAAGCUGGAGACGGGAAGAAGCUUUCCUGGGCCCCAACGUCGACCACCGGGAACUGCAGACGACCUGCAGAGUCUGACAAGUAAGGAGUACUUCUCACAGUUGCAGGCUGUGCUGGAGGCCAUGGGGGAUUUGAUAAAUUAUUACAACAAGCAUUGUCCCUUACCAAAGGCCAUCAUCAGGUAG